AUGGAGUCACCCAUGGCGGCCCGGAGGCUCCUGCAGGAGGCGGCGGGCCUGUCCACGCCGGGCGCCCGGAUCAUCGCCGACGACAGGGACAUCGUCAUCAUCCUCGCCUCGCUGCUCUGCGCGCUCAUCACCGUCCUCGGCAUCGGCCUCGUCGCCCGCUGGUGCGCGUGCGGCGGCGCGGAAGCCAGGGCGCGCGCCGCCGCCAACCGGGGCGUCAAGAAGUCGGUGCUCCGCGCCAUCCCCACCGUCGCCUACGUCUCCGCCGACGCCGGCAAGGGCAAGGGCAAGGAGGCAGAGGAGGCCGCCGCGGCGCCGGAGUGCGCCAUCUGCCUCGCCGAGUUCGAGGACGGCGAGGCCAUGCGCGUGCUGCCCCAGUGCGGCCACGCCUUCCACGCCGCCUGCGUCGACAAGUGGCUGCGCGGCCACUCUUCCUGCCCCUCCUGCCGCCGGAUCCUCGCCGUCCAGCUGCCGGCUGCCCAGCGGUGCCAGCGCUGCGGCGCGCGCCCCGACCCAGCCGUGGCGACCUGGAAGCCUCCGGCCCAGUACGGCGAGAUGCCGCCCUUCUUGCCGUAG